ACGGGGUUAGUGUUUGUAUAGUGAUAUUGCAGAAUCAUGCACACGCCUAUGAAUCCAUUGUCAGCAUAAACACAGAGGGUGGGUAUUAUUGAGUGGAUACCGUGUGACAGUGCAGUUCUCGCGAAGCAGCUCUGCUGAAUUGAAAGCAUCGCCGAUAACUUGGGACUGAGACAAAUAUCCUGUAAAAUCAUGGCACCGAUUAAUCUGGACGGCAUCUGGAAAAACGUCAAGAACGAGAAUCUGGACAACUUCCUCAAGGCACUGAAUCUCAACUUCGCGGUGCGAAAAAUGGCGGCGUCACAAAGUCCGGUCUUGGAGAUCAGUCAGAAGGGAGACGUCUUCAAAAUCAUCACCAAGGGCCUCAAGACGUUCGAGACCAACUUCACCGUAGGGCAGGAGUAUACUGACAGGAACCCGCUAAACGACAAAGAGCCGAGUACGUACCUGCCGAUGUGGGACGGAGACAAGCUACGCACGGAGAACAAGAGCCAUCCAGAUGCGAUUCACUUUGUCCGUGAGUUGAUCGACGGUCAAAUGGUCCAAACACAGACCGUUGGAACAGGAGACAAAGCUGUGGUCUGCAAGAGGAUCUUUGCCAAGAAGUAGACGUUGGAUGCAUGAAGACACAACAUGAACAGACGGUAUCAAUGAUGCGGUACAAACAUCUCACUUAGAACUAGAGCCAUCGGUGGACAUGCCAGUAACUUUUUACUGAUCAUUGGAACAAACACAUACUGAAAUUUGUAUCCUUGUGGAGACAUUUCUUUGUUCUCAUGUACCAAAGUUUUCGUGUUUGAAAGUACAGUUUCAAAAUGCUCUUAUUUUAACCAGAAUUAAUUUCCUUGGCUGAAAUUCGGACUUAAUAUCCCUUUUCUAAAACUCUACUAUUUGCGACGGAUCAACAUACCUUGGAAAUUCUAGUUUUUGAGUAAAAUCCAUAUGUCUAUUUUGUGAAAACCUUGUGGAGACGUAUUCAUCUAUAGAAAUUACCCUGUGGAGACGUAUACCAUCUUUUGUUCCCUAUUGUUUGCAUGAUGUCUCCAGAGGGCACGGUGUAUCAGAUCUCUUUUUGUAUAGGGGUUUAUGCCAAUAUCUGUUUACACCAUUUGACAACGGACCUCAUAUGAUUAUAUUAUGUACACUUUGAUUCACUUCAUAUCACGCCUGGUAAUUAAUGGAGACCUACUUGACUUGUCCAAAAUCAGUCAAACGUUGCGGUGCGUAAAAUGGCGAUAUCACAAACUCCGGUCCUGGAGAUCGGUAUCAUCACCAAGGGUCUCAAGACGUUCGAGAUCAACUUCUGGUAAUUAAUGAAGACCUACUUGACUUGUUCAAAAUCAGUCACACGUACUGGUAAUUACUACUUAAACUUAAAACAAAAUAAACACUUAUACAUUUCCAAAUCCAGCCCAUGCAAACAUACCGUCGACCCAACUGGCAGUUGGUAUUUGCAAUGUUUGUGUCUUGAACCGAAGAUGAUAUUAAAGCCUUUGAUGUUUCAUAAUUAUACUCAACAUU